AAGACCCUGACUGAGAUGUACAUCCACUUCCUGGUGGUUCAGACCAAACUGAAGACCAUCAAGUAUGAUGGAGGAUCUGGGACAGAUCCACACUGGAUUCCAAAGAGCAGGAAGAUGAUUGAGUCUCUGGGAAAACUGGCUUUUGAGCAGCUGCAGAAAGGAAACCUGAUCUUCUAUGAAUCAGACCUGACAGAGUGUGGCAUCGAUAUCACAGCAGCCUCAGUGUACUCAGGAGUGUUCACACAGAUCUUUAAAGAGGAGAGAGGACUGUACCAGGACAAGGUGUUCUGCUUCGUCCAUCUGAGUGUUCAGGAGUUUCUGGCUGCUCUUCAUGUCCAUCUGACCUUCAUCAACUCUGGAGUCAAUCUGCUGUCAGACGAACAAUCAACCUCCCUGAGGUCUAAACUGUUUGGAGACAAAUCAACACUUCUCUACCAGAGUGCUGUGGACAAGGCCUUACGGAGUCCAAAUGGACACCUGGACUUGUUCCUCCGCUUCCUCCUGGGUCUUUCGCUGAAGACCAAUCAGAUUCUCCUACGAGGUCUGCUGACACAGACAGGAAGUGGCUCACGGACCAGUCGGGAAACAGUCCAGUACAUCAAGAAGAAGAUUGAAGAGACUCCCUCUGCAGAGAAAAGCAUCAACCUGUUCCACUGUCUGAAUGAACUGAAUGAUCGUUCUCUGGUAGAGGAGAUCCAACAGUCCCUAAGAUCAGGACGUCUCUCCACAGAUAAACUGUCUCCUGCUCAAUGGUCAGCUCUGAUCUUCAUCUUACUGUCAUCAGAAAAAGAUCUGGACGUGUUUGACCUGAAGAAAUACUCUGCUUCAGAGGAGGCUCUUCUGAGGCUGCUGCCAGUGGUCAAAGCCUCUAACAAAGCUCUACUGAGUGACUGUAACCUCUCAGAGAGAAGCUGUGAAGCUCUGUCCUCACUUCUUAGCUCCCAGUCCUCUAGUCUGAGAGAUCUGGACCUGAGUAACAACAACCUGCAGGAUUCAGGAGUGAAGAUGUUGUCUGUUGGACUGGAGAGUCCACACUGUUCACUGGAGACUCUCAGGUUGAAUCAAACCAGUCUGACAGAGAAAAGCUGUCAGGAGAUAUCAUCAGUUCUCAGCUCCCAGUCCUCUAGUCUGAGAGAUCUGGACCUGAGUAACAACAACCUGCAGGAUUCAGGAGUGAAGAUGUUGUCUGUUGGACUGGAGAGUUCCCAAUAUCAGCUGAUCAGGGUGGAGCCUGGUGGAAUCCGAUGGUUGACACCAGGUCUGAGGAAGUAUUCCUGUCAACUCACAAUCGACACAAACACAGUGAACACAGAACUCAAACUGUCUGACAACAACAGGAAGGUGACACAUGUGGAGGAGGAUCAGUCAUAUCCUGAUCAUCCAGACAGAUUUGAUCAGUGUCCUCAGCUGCUGUGUAGAACUGGUCUGACUGGUCGCUGUUACUGGGAGGUCGAGUGGAGAGGAGAGGUUGAUAUCUCAGUGAGUUACAGAGGAAUCAGAAGGAAAGGAGACAGUGACUGUAGGUUUGGACUGAACGAUCAGUCCUGGAGUCUGAGAUGUUCUGAUGAUGGUUUCUCUGUCUGUCACAAUAACAUGAAGACAUCUAUCUCCUCCUCGUCCUCCUCCUCCUCCUCUGUCUCUAACAGAGUAGCAGUGUAUGUGGACUGUCCUGCUGGCUCUCUGUCCUUCUACAGAGUCUCCUCUGACUCUCUGAUCCACCUCCACACCUUCAACACCACAUUCACUGAACCUCUGUAUCCUGGGUUUACAGUCUGGUCCAUUGGUUCCUCAGUGUCUCUGUGUUGAGUGUAGCAGAGAGAGUCUCCUCCUGUUAGAGAUCAGUCCAGUCCAGGAUCACAGCAGCUGAUGUUAUUUAGUACCAACCUGAUCUCUGGCUGGUUUUAACUGCAGAGUGUAAACCCAACAUGUUUUCCACAUGAUUGACAGUUUGACUAUAAAAUGAAUCAAAUGAACAGAGUCCAGUUGUUGUUGUUUUCUGACAGUAAAUGACUGGGAGGUUGACGUCCAUCUUGUUUUUCAUCUUUAAAUGAUAGAAUGACAUCCUUAUGUGCUCCAUAUUUGGGCUUUUAAAAACCGUGUAAGAGACUGGGUUUUGUGGCAACAAGUGAUUUGAGAUAAGAUAUUUAAUCUUUCGAGUUUACACUAAAAAGGGAAUAUAGAAGAACUCUAAGAUUUUAGUUUGUUUUCUCCACUUCUAGUUUUUCUCCAAUAAAGUACAUGGCAGUAGUUUCCAUAGUGUAGGGGUUAUCAUGUUGGCCUAAGCAAAAAGUCCCCAGUUUGAAACUGGGUGGAAACACAAACUUCUGUCUUCUGUUUUAUACAAUAUUUCUAGAAUCAAACUAUAGACUCCUAAAGAUCACUGGUUUGAAUUGUUGUUAAACUGAGUCUAUAGGUUCCACUGUAAUGACCAAACAACCUAUAUCUGUGUGCUCAUCAGCCCCACACUGUUUGAAUGUGAUCAGCUCAGUUUGUAUUUGCGUUGAACAGGACAGUACCUGUUCUUCCUCUCUCCUCUUCAUCACCUUCUCGCUUUCUCUUUCUCUCAGUCUCCUGAUCUUGUUCUUUCACUUUCCUCUGUGUCACUGAACAAAGGACACACAGGCUCAGUUGACAUUUCUGGAAAUGUUACUGUCCUCUGCUGCCAUAAUCUGACAAUGAAGAGAAACAGCAAUUUCAAAUCUUUAUAUAAACUGAACUGAAUGAAAUUUUAAAUUUUAAAUUUUAAACUUUCUCAUUCUGACACUGGAUAAAGGUAAAUCAGGAAUAAAUUCAGCGUUUAAGAGUGAA